AUGGCGGGAGGCCGGCGCCGUGCUGCGGCGCCGGCGGGGACGGCUGGGCUAGGGAGCCCAGGGCGACCGCAGGGCCGGAGGCAGCAGGAGCCGGGGAAGCAGCGCUCUGCGCCACGGUCGGGGCCGCGCAGCAAAGAAAAGAAGAAAGUGAAUUGCAAGCCUAAGAACCAAGAUGAACAGGAAAUCCCUUUCCGGCUCCGAGAGAUCAUGAGGAGCCGUCAGGAGAUGAAAAACCCCAUCAGUAACAAGAAGAGGAAGAAAGAGGCCCAGGUGGCCUUCAGUAAGACAUUGGAGAAGGAAGCAAAGGGAGUGGAGCCGGACAUCGCUGUACCCAAGUUCGAGCAGAAGAAGUGGGAGUCUGACAGGGCCUAUAUGCAGCGCAUGGCGCAGGAGGCGCAGCACGUGCUGUUCCUCAGCAAGAACCAGGCUGGCCGGCAGCCUGAGGUGCAGGCGGCUCCCAAGAAGGGGAAGUCGGAGAGGAAGAAAGCGUUCCAGAAGCGACGGCUGGUUAAGGUCCAGCAGAGGAGGGAGGAAAAGACAGCAGAAAGGCUGGAGCAGGAGCUGCUCCGAGACACAGUGAAGUUUGGUGAGGUUGCCCUGCAGCCCCCAGAGCUGACUGCCAAGCCCAGGAUGAGCACAAGUAGGGACCAGCCUGGCAAGAAAUCGCUGAUGCUGAAGAUGCUUUUAAGCCCUGGCGGUGUGUCCCAGCCUCUGACCACCUCUCUGGCCAGACAGCGGAUCGUGGCGGAGGAGAGAGAGCGGGCGGUGAACGCCUAUAGGGCGCUAAAGAAACUGCAGCAGCAGCGGCAGGGGGCUCAGUCACCACAGCCACCCCACCUCCGUUCUGGGAAGAAGCCAAAGACGCAGCUGUGA